GCAAUCUAAACUCGGAUGCACUGGCCAGGUAGACAGGAAAAGCCCCGCGAACAUUUGAAUUCCAUUUCCUGUUUGCCCAGCGUGGAGAGCACAGGUGACCACAGAUAGCUCAUCAGCACAGGUAACCAUGCAGGCUGAUAAUCGAAAAAGAGCACCAGCAUGGACCGUGAGGGAGAUACUGGAUCUGAUCGCUGUAUGGGGAGAGGAUUCAGUGCUUGCAGAACUUCGUUCUAAAAGACGAAAUGCAAAAACUUUUGAAAAAAUCUCCAAGGGCAUGAUGGAGAGAGGCCACAAUAGGGACUCAGAUCAGUGCCGCGUGAAAGUGAAGGAGCUCAGACAAGCCUAUCAAAAAACAAAGGAGGCAAACGGUCGCUCCGGGUCAGAGCCGCGGACAUGCCGCUUCUACGCCGAGCUGCAUGCAAUUCUAGGGGGGGCUGCCACCACUACCCCACCUGUGUUCGUGGAUUCUGGGUCGGGGAUAGUCUCAUCAGCGACGCCUGAGGAUUCUGCCAAUGGGGUAGAGGAGGAGGAGGAGGAGGAGGAUGAGCUUGCAGAGAGCACACAGCACUCCAUUCUCCCCAACAGCCAGGAUCUUUUUCUCACCCUGACUGAAGUACCCUCCCAAGCCUCCCAAGCCAGUACCCAAGACUCUGACCCCAUGGAAGGGACCUCAGCAGCUGCAAAUUCCUCAAGCCUCCCCCCUCCAUCCCGAAGGUUAUCACGAUAA